AUGCAAAGACUAUAUAAUUUUGAGGAUGGUAGUGUAUAUGAGGGAUAAUGGUCGAAUAAUAAAUAGAAUGGGCAAGGUAAAUAGAUCUAUCCUGACAGCAGUUCUUAUGAUGGGAAUUGGAGUAAUGGCAUGAAGAAUGGGAAAGGAAUUUACAAUUUUUCUGAUGGUAGUUAGUAUUCUGGAAUGUGGAAGGAUGAUCAAAAGCAUGGUUUAGGGAAAUAUAAAUAUAAAGAUGGGAGUUAUUACGAUGGAGAAUGGCAAAAGAAUGUUUAACAAGGAGAUGGAAAGUUUGUCAAUGUUGAUAAUAGCCAAUAUGAAGGGUAAUGGGUUAACGGAAAGAAACAUGGGCAUGGCAGAUACUAUUAUGUUGAUGGAAGCUUUUAUGAAGGAAAAUGGGAAAAUGGUUAAAAGAAUGGAUUGGGAAAGAUGUAAUAUAAAAAUGGAAGUUUUUAUAAAGGAUUAUGGAAGAAUGAUCAAAAGAACGGAAAAGGAAUCUAUAAAUAAUUAGAUCGAAGUUGUUAUGAAGGGGAGUGGUUGAAUAAUAAGUAAAAUGGUUUUGGUAAACAAACUUAUUAAGAUGGGAGUAUUUAUGAGGGGGAUUGGAUUGAUGCUUAGAAAAAUGGGAAUGGCAAAUAUAAAUAUCCUGAUGGUAGUUACUAUAAUGGAUAAUGGAAGGAUGGGUUCAAGCAUGGGUUUGGAAAAUAUAAAUUUACUGAUGGCAGUUCAUAUGAAGGUGAAUGGGUAAAUAACGUACAACACGGAUAAGGAGUCUUCAUAUAGCAAGGAGUAUUUUAAAAAGGCAUUUGGUUUAAUGGAAUGUUAACCGAUAUUAUUAGUUGUGUUACAUCUAGAAAUAGCAUAGAACUUUGA